CAUAUUUACAUAUGAUGAUAUACAUACUAUGAUGCAGAGGUGUUGAUGUCAAAUUAAACCUGCUGUUGUCAGUGCUGUCCAAAAAUUAUUUAUCUUAAGCCUGAACUUUUUUCCAAAUUGUUUGACUUGUUUCUCAAAAUGUUGAAAGGGAAAUCUGUUUUGUUAAAAUCAGCGCAACGACUCGUUUCCACCCAAGGCCCAGUUUUGAGCACGCCGUCUGCCCAAGCCGUACCGGCAUCAGACCCUGGCCUUAACUACACAUUCAAUGAAACGCAACGAGAACUGCAGCAAUUGCUUCGAAAGUUUACAAAGGAUGAAAUUAUUCCGAAAGCGAGUGAAUUCGAUAAGACUAUGGCCUUCCCCUGGGAAAUUCUUAAGAAGGCUUGGGGACUAGGUCUCACUACUACUUUUGUACCCGAGAAAUACGGAGGACAAGGGUUUGGAACUGUAGAAGGUUGCAUUGCUGCCGAAGAAUUUUCGUAUGGCUGUUCGGGAAUAUUGACAGCUAUCACAGGAUCGGGACUUGCCGCUGCUCCUGUUCUUCUGGGGGGAAACGAGGCGCAGAAGAAAAAGUUUGUUGGGCGACUUUGUGAAGAACCAAUUGUUGCUUCAUACUGUGUAACUGAGCCAGGUGCGGGGUCAGACGUUGCAGGGCUGAAAACUAGAGCAGAGAAAAAAGGGGACGAGUGGAUCCUUAAUGGACAAAAAAUGUGGAUCACCGGCGCUGGGGUUGCGAGUUGGUACUUUGUCCUUGCCAGGACUAACUCAGACCCCAAGGUCCCCACAAACAGAGCCUUCACUGGCUUUUUGGUGGAAGCAGGUACUCCAGGUCUUACUGUUGGACGCAAGGAAAUAAAUAUGGGCCAAAGAUGCUCAGACACUAGGGGAGUCACAUUUGAAGACGUUCGAGUGCCACAAGAAAAUGUUCUAGGAGAGACUGGAGCUGGUUUUAAAAUCGCGAUGGGGGCGUUCGAUAAAACCAGGCCCCCAGUUGCAGCCGGAGCUGUGGGUUUAGCACAAAGAGCACUGGAUGAGGCUACAAAAUACGCACUGGAACGGAAAACGUUUGGAACUGAAAUUAUAAACCAUCAGGCAGUAGCACAUCUGCUCGCAGAUAUGGCAAUUAACAUUGAAGUUUCGCGAUUGAUGAUGUAUCGCUCAGCUUGGGAAAUUGACCAAGGCAGACGAAAUACCUAUUUCGCAUCUAUCGCGAAAGCGAUCGCUGGGGAAACUGCUAACAAGGCAGCGGCAGAUGCUGUUCAGAUAUUUGGUGGAAAUGGUUUCAAUACGGAAUACCCUGUUGAGAAAUUGAUGCGUGAUGCCAAGAUCUUCCAAAUAUAUGAAGGAACCACUCAAAUUCAGAAACUUGUGAUCGCUCGUGAAUUGGUUGGACGUUUCAAGCAAAACAUGUAAUCCAAAAUACACAAUUUCAAAUGUUAAAAAGCCACAUAUUUUUAUUCACAAGUAAUCAAUAAUAUAAAAGUAUAAUCAUUCCGUAUCCUGAGAUUGAUGAUAUAAAUUGAAGUUUUUAUAAU